CCGAUGGGUGGGUAGCCAGCCCAGGUCAGUGCCGGGUAAAUAGAGAUGGUGACUCGAUAAAAAUACCGGGCGGAAGGCAACGGCAAAUCACCGCUCUAAAUUGCCAAGAAAAUCAUGGAAAUCCGUGAUCGCCGUCUUUGUGUGACAGAGCACUUGAAAAAAAAAAUGAUGAUGAUUGAUAUGAAAAUUGGUAAUGAAGACGUCGGGAUAAUGACAAUAAUGAUAAUACCAUGGUUAUAACGGUUAUAACGGCUAUAACAAUAUGAUGUCAGUAAUAAUAAUGGUGGUAUCGGUAAUAACGAUGGAAUUGUCGUGAUGGCAUACCAGAUAAUAUAGUGUUAAUAAACAUAUUUAUAAUGUUAAAAGUAAAAUGUCAUACUAGAAUGGUUAUACAGACAAUAUUAUCAAGAUGAUGAUGAUGAUAAUAGAUAAUGCUAAUGACGAUAACAAUAAGGAUAGUGACAAUAAUAUGAAUCCAUUAAUGAUAAUGAUAAUAAUGAGUACAAUAGUAGUGAUAAUGGCAAUGGUUAUACGGGUCAUGAGAAUCAUGUCCAUACUACCAAUGAUGAUGUUGAUAAAAACGACUUAUUGUAUUACAUUUGACACCCGCUGCUCCUACAGGCGGGGGACGAGGUAUGGUGCGGAGGGCGCCUAUGCGGAUCCUCCAGCGAAAUGGAAUGCUGCAGCUUCGACCCAUUCAACUGCUGCAACAAGAACAACCAGUAUUGCGACCAGGAACCCUGCGGAAUGAUACAGGACGGGUGGUACUGCGGGACCUGCGCCUCCUUCGACGGCAACUCGUGCUGCAAUGACGGCCUCACAAUCUGCCAGUCCCAGGUUUGCGGCCACAAAGAGGACUAUACCUGCUGCGACGUGAACCUCCGCUGCUGCACCAUCGUUCCCCCCGAGCCGGCGCCGACGCCUCUCUACGCACUAUGGUGGUUUUGGGUCGGCCUCAUUUUCUGCCUGGCUCUGCUGUUCUUCAUCGGCUUUGUCCUCUGGAGCGACCGCCACUUCAUCAAGUACAACAUUGACAAAAUCAGAGGACUGAAUCCACAGCCUCCGCCUGGGAUUCCUUUCCAUCGCCGCGCAUCCACCAGGAUUCGUUCCUCCUUCAAGGAAUCUCGACAGGCCGUCCAUAGGGCAUCCAUGAGGCUGAGUCAAAGGAGAAGAAGGCCGCGGCCCGGUCCUGCUACGGACACCGGCAUUUCAGCAGAUCGACCUGAAGUGACCCACAUCACUGGACCGCCGCCCUUCGUGAACGGACCCCGGUCGCUGCGCACACAUCCACCCCAGCCGCCCCUCAAUCCCCAGAGUGAACCUCCUCCGCCUUAUUCUACAGAACCUUUAGGAGCCGAAGAAUUAAUCGUGCCCUCUGCUAGCGGCAACCGCGCGGGGCCUUCUCGGGACUUGGCUUGCGAAAAGUCGACAGACGAACGCAAGGCUUAUUCCCCCAUUUCACCCUCUCAUUACCUCACUCCAAGGUCAGAGAUCAGACGGUACACUCCGUCAGAAUAUUCUCAACAGGCUCCGAAGAAGGAGCAAAUACGUAAUCCUGCUUUCAAUCCCGAUUAUGACCCUUCGAGGCCUGCAACCUUUUCGCAUCCUCAGCUGCAGGCGGCCAACCUCAACCGCCACUUCCUUCCUCUUGAUUCAAGAAUUCAGAAUUUGCCGCACUGUGGAGGAAGACAUCCACCUCAAAAACUGCACCAUAGGGGCCCUCUACACCAGGGGUACGGUUACAAUAGAGAACCCCCACCACAGAGUGUUGAGGGACUCCCACCACAACCUCCAAGAGGACCCCCAAUAAAAGCCCCAAGAGGACCCCCACCACCAAGUCAGAAAGGACCAGUAGCACACACUCUCAAGGGACCGCAGCUAUUAUACUUAAGGGGACCCCCAACACACAACCCCAACUACCUCAGUGGACCUUUGCCCCAAGGGCCCAGUUACGUGGGCUCUCCAAGAAACUCUGUACCCUCAAAUGGGACGCGGGCCCCCAUGCCCCCAGGAUUUGGAGGAAAUCUUCACGGAAAUUCCCGCGUUUACCUUAAUUCGGAAACUAAUAUAGAUGAGACGAUAAUUUAAGUCUUAUAUAUUUCUCUUCAGUGAGAUCUCUCUCACUCCUUCCUUGCUUUGUUUUUGUAAUAUCUGUGAUGUUUCGGAUUGUGAGACCACUUCACCCUUUAAGUAGUUGUCUUCUUCCAGAUUUUCAUAUAUUUCCUCGCUGUUUUUCUCUCUUUUCUUUCACUCUUUUGGUAUCUUUAAAUUUCUGAAACCUGUACUUGCUCUUUCUCUUUCACUCGCACUUACCUAUUUUGUCUUUUCUGUUUUCGUGGACUUUGGGAUGUCUCUUCUCAUCAUUUAAGUUAAGUGCUGAUGUUAUUUCGUCCUUUUGAUUCCGUCAAUAAUAUUUUCUUAGCAACUGG